AAAGAUAAGUGGCUUUAAAUUUUCAAAAAUUCCCGACCUAAGUUAAUAAUGGGAAAAGCGUAAUAGCGUUAUCGAUAUGUUCAAUAACGUAAGCCACCCCUGGCGUAGAAGUGUAUUCGAUAACGUAUGUGCUUAAUCGAUAUCGAGAUAUACAAAUUGUAUACUUCCUCCCCAAAAAGAAAACAUCACGGAAAAAUGCGACGCCGCGAAUUGCAGACCAUCCAGCUGAAACUGUCCGAUCUCAAGGAGUACGAGCAGGCCAAGAUGGAGCGCUUAAGGAGCCGCCAACAAUUGCUAACUCCCCGGACACCCACGCCCCCCUCCGAUAGCGAGGUACUGCCGGCGACCUCCAGUAGCGUUCCAGCUGUUCUUUUGGCCAGCGGUAAGAGCGUGAACGAUGACGCCGACAGGUCGGAGCCCACAACCAAGCCCAGCACAUCCUCCACCUAGGAUCUAUCGUUGAUCAAGCAUGGGGACUGCAACACUUUAUUCGACACUACCUCAAUGGAUGAUGCACGUAGUUUUUAAAAUCAUAUUUCUUAAUUUACACCGUAACAAUAACUUGAGCUUUCGCGCAAUGCAAGCGAAAUUCGAAUUGAUCGUGGAAGUCCACUAAUAUAUUUUAGCUAUAUUUAAUACGGCACCAUGAUUAUUCGGCGCCAAACAGCCAGACUGUUAAAUAUAAGAAUUCUACAAAAUAAA